AUGAUAUUUAAUGAAAAUGAAUGUUCAAGUAAAAUUGUAGCUCCACCAUUAUUCUCUGUUCGAGAUAGAUUAUUUACAAAUAAUAAACAAUUUCAAUUAAAUAAAUCUUCGGAAUAUUCUACAUUUAUAUAUUCUAACAAUCAAUCAUAUAAACAAAAUCAAAGUUCAAUUCAUAUUAUUAUAAUUAUAACAAUAUCAUUAUUGAUUAUAUUGGUUGUAUUACUCAUAUCGAUAUUGAUUUACAUAAAUGCAUCUGGUAAACGAUGUUCAAACAUUGAUUUAACAACAACAAAAACAAGACAAACAUCUUCAUCAAAUAAUCUUGAGAUCAAUAAUAGAGAAUAUUGUGAACAUGGAUCAAAUGAAAAAGCAUAUAAAAUCUCUCGAUUGCCAUCACCACACAAAGAAUCAAUUUACAAAUAA